ACAACAACGAUCGCCAGAUCAUGAACUUGCUUUUGGUGUCAAUGCUAAUUGUGCAAAUACACCGCGGACUGCCUGUGACUUACUCGCUCACGUAUUUCCACACUGCGUCCUCUCAAGUUACAAACUUCCCAGAUUAUGUGGUCGUGGCUUAUCUUAAUGACAUUGAGAUCGGUCACUAUGACAGCAACACAAGUAAAGCAGAAGCCAAACAAGAAUGGAUGAAGAACUUUACAACAGUGGAUCCAGAGCACUUUUUGGGGCAGACACAGUCAGGUACUCGCGAUGAAGUGAAGGACAAAGAGGACUUGGAAAGUUUACAGAAGAGCUUCAACCACACUGAAGCUCUUCACAUUUACCAGAGGAUGACAGGCUGUGAAUGGAAUGAUGAGACUGAUGAAAUCAAGAGUUGGUUACAGUCCAGUUAUGAUGGAGAAGAUUUUUUAGCAUUAGAUACCAAGACAUGGACAUGGACUGCAGCAAAACCACAAGCUGUCCCCAUGAAACACAAGUUGGACCACGAUCGAGAUCUUAUGGAGUACAUUAAGUUUGACCUAACUGAGAUCUGCGUUCAUAAUUUGAAAAAGUAUCUGAACUUUGGUAGAAACCUCUUUAUCAGACCAGUGCUUCCAGAAGUGUUUCUCCUCCAGAAGACGCCGUCCUCUCCAGUCAGCUGCUUCGCGACAGGUUUUUACCCCAGCAGUGCAGCCUUGAAUUGGAGGAAAGACGGCAAGGAUCUCCACGAGAACGUGGUGCACGGAGAAAUGCUGCCCAACCCUGAUGGAACCUUCCAGAUGACGGUGGAUCUGAAAGUGGAGGUGACGGCCGAAGUGGAGGGCAAGUACGAAUGUGUGUUUCAGCUGUCUGGUGUCAAAGAGGACCUGGUCACCAAGCUGGAGAGAAGAAGCAUCCUGAGCAACGCAAGCGAUGAAGGCAAUGUGAGGGUCACCGUCGGCGCCACGGUGGCGGUCGCUGCAGUGAUCCUCGCCAUCAUUGUCAUAGUCGCCAUACGUCACAAGAACAAAAAAGGUGAGGGACACACUUCUUUUUCUCCAACUAUGAUCCAGCUGCUGGUGACGAUGGUACCGAGCACUCAGAGAACAAGACGGAUGAAAGCUAAAUGCGAGAGCAGCAGUCAGCACACAGAUCUUUUGAGCACUGGGACACAGAGCGACCACUGAGGAGCGUGGUCACACUUGAAGACGAGAAGGAGAUGAGCUUUGCUCAUCAUCAAACUGCUCCUCGUGUUACACGGUCUCUUUUUUUUUAUGUUUAUGGCUUAGAAAACGAGUUACGAUCAAAUGUUUUUGCUGCCUUUGGUGGGAUCACUUGCACUGUAACACUUGGAUACUUGUAAUUAUGUCUUUUCAUUUUCCUACACAGCUCUGUAAUUCAUUGGCCAAACGCUAUGCACCUCCCAAACACUAGGGGGCGAUUCUAGCCAUUUACCCUUUGUCAACCAAGAAGGAAAUGCUACAUGCUAGUAGCAGUAACUGGUAGAAAAUGGGUCAAAUUGAUAACAUAACGUUCUACAGCUCUUACAUACAGACGGUAACUUAAAAAACGAACAACUUUAUUAUUUAUUACCAACGGUAAAGCCAGGACACAUCAUUGUGAGUUGUACUCUCACAUAGGAUGGCCAGAUCUUUCUACUUGAAAUUUGAGGCAUUGGUACACUUUUAUCUAUAAAGCCAUAAUUGGGCUAAUGACCUCUUACAUGUGCAAGAUAAUAGCACAAAGAAAUGUAAACUUGUAGGGCUGUGAAUCUUUGGGCACCACACGAUUUGAUUCAGAAUUGAUUCUCGAUUCAAAACCAAUACUUUUUUAAAUAACAUUAGAUGCCGAUUCAAUGAUUAACUACAUUCCUUUAUAAAAUAGAUAAACAGUUCUGAACAAUUUCUAUAUUACGUAAAGAAAACUGGUUUUGUUUAAUAAAAUUCUACCCAAACAUUUAAUAAAGUCAAAUACAAAUAAGGCAAGAUAAGUAUCUAACAUUUUUCUAAUGUAAAUCUGUACAGUAGAUAUGAUCAUCUACAUCAACUAUAUGAUUUGUGGCUGGACAGAACAGAUUGAAAAAAGUAUAAUAAUUUAAAUCAAUUUUUGAUGUUUUUGAAUCGAUUAAGAAUCGUUACAAAUUAGAAUUGUGGUUAGUCUGAAAAUCGAAAUUCUCUCCGCUUGAUUGAACAGCUGUUGCUUUCUGUUCCUUAUGCUCGUACAGAACUGUGUAAAACGUAUUUGAUGUUUUCUGCACCUUAUACUUAGAAUCUGUUGCAAAAGGACUGAAAAUUGACCGAGUUGAUUCGUAUCCCCGACAGCUGUUCAAAACAACAUCACGGGGUUUUUUCGGGUAAGCAUUAAAAUUCACUGAACGGAUUUUGCGAUAAUUAAGGCCUUUACUGGCAUUAAAAAGGAUUACAUAUGAUAUCCACAGGCAUUACUAAACAUUUAAUUAGGUAAAAUAACAAAUGCUUUUAGCUAAUCUCAAGUCGGCAAUUAAAGGCAGGCUAAAGGUGCCCAAUUUUUUUGGAGUGACCCACAAAGCAACUUCUGCUGUCGCCACCACAACUGGCAGCUGCUGCUACCACUACAGAAAAAUACAUCCCCAGAUUAAACAAUCUUGUGAGUCAAUUUUAAUCCACUACAGAGUAACAGUUAAUUUAAGCCGUUCAACUAUUCAAGAUUAAUAUUGUCAAAUGCUUAGAAUUGUGUCUAUAUAGACAAUAGUACGUUUUUGAUUACAUAUGAUAACUACCUGCAAUAGGACAUGGGCAUUAAAUGUGUUUUAAGUGGCAUUAAAAUAGCAUUCACUUAGAUCUGCUGAUACCUGCAGAAACCCUGUACGAAAGACAGAGUGGUAACCUCAUUUAUUUGCAAAAGCUGCGAAGAACCUAUUGGAAUUGUUCCGUUUAUGAUUAUUGCUGCUCCUGACAUAUUGUAAUUGUUCCGUUUAUUAUUAUUGCUGCUCCUGACCUAUUGUAAUUGUUUCGUUUAUUAUUAUUCUUGCAAAUUCCACACACAAAAACUCACCAAUUUGUGCAAGCGCGUCAGGUCCAAAAAAAUAAUAAUUGUAAAAAAUUUGGAAAUAUUUUUUCUAACCUAUUAGUUUUGAAUGUUCUCAUCGUUGUACACUUUCUUAAACCUAACAUUUUUUGUUUGUAUUAUUUUUUGGUCCCUGCAUUUUGUUCUUCCUUCAAAAAUGUUUUUUUUUAUUAUACUAAAACAAAUAAAAUCUU